GGGGGAGUAUACGUUAAUAUUAUCCGUUGUAAAUAAAACAAAAACAUUAUAAAAGUUUGAGACAUAGCAAUUCAAAGUAGUUUCAACAUAACAGUGUGGGUGAAAAUUAUUUUAAUGAGUGGUAGAAGCUGAAAAAUGUGUUCAGACAAAGAUGAAAGAAACGCUGAGGACGAAAGCUAUUCUAUCAAAAACGGUAAAAAUGACGCUCAGUAUAAGAUUCUACAACAAUGCCAAGAAAGACAGAACAAGAGUGAGAACAGAAAACGAAUUUUGGCACAGAGUUUCGUGACGAGCGCGGUGAUGUUCAGCUCCGCGAGUUGUGGAAUGCCUGUUGGAUAUUCCGCUGUACUCCUACCACAGCUGAAACUUCUCAACGACUCCAUGCAAAUCGACGAUGAGAUCGGAUCAUGGAUAGCAAGCAUACAUUCAGCAGCCACCCCCAUAGGUUCCCUCCUGAGCGGAGUCCUUAUGGACCGAUGUGGGCGGAAGCUAGCCCUUCAGAUAGCCUCAACGCCCUUGAUCCUAGGAUGGAUCCUGAUAGCACUCUCGACUAGCCACUCUGUCCUGCUACUGGGCAGGCUGAUAGCUGGGUUCUCAGCAGGGCUGACAGCUGCUGCUGGACAGGUAUUAAUAGGUGAGAGUUCAGAACCUCACCUCAGAGGAAUGCUAUCCAGUAUCCCUUUAGCCAGCUACUCAUUUGGCAUCCUCCUAGUAUACGCUUUAGGCUCCCUCUUACCAUGGAGAAUUGUGGCAGGUUUGAGUACCAUACUGCCAAUUACUUCGAUGAUUGUAUUUUUCUUUCUACCGGAGAGCCCAGUUUGGUUGAUAAGACAUGGAAAAUUAGAAGAAGCCAAAAAGGCGAUGACAUGGCUAAGAGGAGGUAGCAAAAUCAAGGCAAAAGAAGAAACAGAACAUCUAGUAGACCGCCUAGAACUGGAAACUCAAACCCACAGAAAAACCACGCUUGCUACGCUACUACAACCAGAAGUAGCCAAGCCCCUGAUCAUAGUCAACCUCUUCAACACCAUGCAGAUCCUCUCAGGCACGUACCUCAUCGUCUUCUACGCAGUGGACAUCUUAAAACACGUACAAGGCGGCAACAGUCUAGAUAACUUCUUGGCAGCUGUUUUGACGGCUUGCGUGAGGUUCAUUUUUUCGGUCAUGGCCAGCUUUCUCUUAGCGCUAGUUGGCAGAAGAAUGCUAGCCAUGAUUUCGGGGCUAGGUACAGCUAUAUCCGCGCUUUUCCUAGGCGCUUUCCUACACCAAAACUGCCAAGGACUGGACUACAUCCCAGCACUUUUCGUGCUGAUCUACGUUGCUGCUAACACCUUGGGAUUCAUGAUCCUCCCGGGAGUUCUAAUAAGUGAGCUGUUUCCCACAAAGAUACGAGGUUUGGCGGGCGGUUUGACUUUCAUGCUGUUCAAUUUCACGCUUUUCGGGGUCGCCAAAGUUUUUCCGUACGUGAAAAAUGUGAUUGGGAUUUCCGGGGUUUUCUGGAUAUUCGGGUUGGUCUCGCUUGGCGCGUCUCUGUUCCUCUAUUUGAGUCUGCCCGAGACUAGGGGUAGAACAUUGAGCGAGAUUGAGGAUUACUUCCAGCAGGAAGGGUUCUUGUGGGUGGGAAGAGACAAGAGGUGGGAGAAAAAAGCGAAGUGCGGGGUAACUGAGAAGCUAGCCGCCAAAAGUUGAGACUGUGUAUAGUAGUUUAUUUAGUUUUUAGUUAUUUAUGUUACAGUGAAUGUUUGUUAAUAAAAAGUAUGAAAACUUG